AUGGAAUGUUUUUUUCAUAUUUGUCACAACCCUUGCCCAAGAGAGAUGAACUCGCAGAAUUUAGCGGUGGCCUUCAAUCAGCGGAGUCAUGCAAUGAAGCAGGAAGCUCACUUGCGUCACAUCCUCCUGAACCAUAAUGCCUUUCCGUCAAUGUUUGGAGGAAUAACUGUCAACUUCGACUACUACCUGGGAGAGGUUAAACGAGAUAAAAGAAGAAAUUUUAGACCGCGAGAUGACACAGGCCAACACACUAUGGCUUCGUCUGCGACUAUUACGGCAUGGCUCCUGUCCCCGGCCACAGUUCAGAUGUAUCAGUUGUGUAAAGCUGUGGCUCACCCUCCUAUCAACUCAAAUGACGAUAUAAGGUUUUGUGAAGGUUAUGGAGAAGAUCGAGGUGGGGUGAUUGAAAUGCGGUGGUGA